GAAAUAAAACAAGAGACACGAUAAUCCACCCAUUUUUAAACUAAACUUUACAGCAAGUUGAAAAUGGCCUCUUUACAAAUUGACGAAGAAAGACAUAAUAUUAAACUAUGCGAGCUCAUUCCUAUUUUGUUAGGCCUUGUUGGCUAUUAUGGAAUCUUGAAUGUACUCUACAAUAUGAAAAUCACAAAGAAGAAUUAUUUGGAUAAAUUCAAACCUAUAUCUUUGCUUUAGUUAAAACAUAGAAAGCUCAAACAAAGCUUUCAAACUUUAAAACAAUAAUAAGUUAUUAAACUUGAUAUGUACCGAUUUUAAAUAUUAUAUAAGUAUUAUUGUUUGUUAAUGUUAUAGUGGUAUCUAAAUUCAUAUGUACGAUUUCACUAAUGGAACUAAAAAAUAUUACUAAGGACACGUGGGAAAUUAAAAAUUAAACAACAUUACAUACGAGUAAUAUUUUUAAGUCAACAUCAUAAUAAUAAUUUAUUGACGCCUGAAACCUGUUAAUACCUAACGCCCCUUCAAUAGUCUAAAAAUAGAAGCGUCUUGCAGUCUGUUUUACAUAUUCCAGUAGACUGGACACGGCCACUCCGAUUUGACAGCUGAAAAGCUGUUCCCGCGGAUUUUCUUCGCGCCAUCAUUUAAGCGUAACGUCCUUGCGUAGAACAAUCAUUGAUAGACAAUAAUAAAUUAAAACAAACUAUUUGACUUUUUUUUUUUCAAAAAUGGCGCAACCAGUUUUUAGAGUUUACGCGUUACUUGUAUUUAUCUCUUUAUGUGUUCAAUGUAAAACUAAGUCAAGUGAAAGCAGUGAAGAGCAUAUUAAGGCUCCUGAAAUUAAGCCACAGAAGAUUAACGAUGUCGCAGCUUUAAUGUUUGCCGAUGAGCUCAAGCAAACCCUGGAGAGAUACUUGUUCGGGAUAUGCCCACAUACUUUCAGGUCUCGUUGGACGCAGAUGCAGUUAAAUCUGAAAGGGAAGAACAACGGAACUGAACCAGCUUGUGACUUGGACACUGACCAACAGGACUUGGCUGGAAGGCUAGCAACACUGUCGUUGCGAGCGCACUCAGCUUCCCGCACUGAUUGCGCCCGGUUCGGUGCUGCGCUCGCGAACACGCUCGGCGAGCUCGCACGAACUGCAGCGAACCGCGCAGCAAUCACAUCUGCGAACAACGAAGCGAUAAAAAAGCGAAAGCUAUCGAAAAGUCAAAAGGCGAAAAUACAAGCGAAACAACGAACAGCGCUCGCAGUCAAAAAGAAGGCUGCUGCCGCGGCCGCCGCUGCUGCUGCCAAGAUGGCGUCUGCUUAGAUAAUAUACUCCUUGGUCUUAUAUAGGUUAUAGUUGAUAGUUUUGUACUUCUAAAACUACUAUUAAUUGCAUGCAACAAAUGCAAGUUUGUUGCUAUUUGGCAAAAUAUAAAAUUUUAUAGUGUUGCCAACAUAAAAUAGUAUUUAGAUAAUGUAGAAUCAAAACCACAAUAAAUGUUUGUACACUCGGCUGUACGUUAUGUUACUACUAUGUUUAUGUCAAAUUUCUGUAGGUGAUUUUAAACUCUAUCUUCAAAACAUAUAGAUUUAAAAUUAAUUGGAAAAAUUUAACAGAUUUAUAACCUGACGUAAUAUUAACUUAUACUUACUUGAUACGAUUCAGAGUUUUUUCAUAUCUAAAUUGUAUUAUAACAUAUCACAAUAUAAAAGAUUUACCUAUAGAGUAACAUAAUCAUUUUUUUAAAAUGGAACUCGCCAGCUGCAGUUUGCCCACCUCUGCUCUAGGUCAGUGUUUUACAACCUGUGAUCCGGUGACCCCA